UAUAAAAAACAAACUUUCAGAAAGAUAGGUUAUUGUAGUGAUGAAUUCUGAGGCCCAAUUAUGUAGCACCUUAUCAGGGUUUACACUUACAAGUGCCACGGCGCAUCCUGGCUCAACCCCUUCUCUUUUCGAUAAGUGCCCUGGGUUCUUAUACAUGCGUUGCACAGCACAUGAGACCAACGGCUUAACGUCCCAUCCGAAGGAUGAAGCAAUGGUUAAGUGUCUUGCUUAAUGGCACAAGUGCACGGCUGGCCUGGUAUUUUUUUACGAACACUCUGCUGCUGAUCAGAAAUACUAGAGUUUGAGGUGCUCUUAACCUCUCGGCCACGACACUUCACGAAUAUGUACAGUGAAAGGCGAUUGCCUUGAUGCCACCUGGUCAUUGACUUAAUACCCUGGAAAUGCUCAAAAGUAGAAAUUCACAAUUUCAUCAUAGGGCAUGCCCUUUACUACUGCGAGUUGAAUGGUGCAUUCGCUGCCCUUGCCCAUACAGGCCUAUGAGCUUGUGUAAGCACAUUGCUCAGCACAGAAAAGUGUUGCUAUUCAGUUGUGGCUGGUGCCCGACUUAAUAGCACAAAGAAAAAGCCAAGCAUCAUUAUUAUUGGCUUCGUGUACCCCGAUCACCAUGCAUGGUGUUAACCUUUUUCCUUUCUUUAAUUUCAUUGCGGUCCGUCAUUUUACAGCAGGACCAUGAGUUUUUAAACCUCCCAUUUUCAGACUUUUGUAUCAGAGUUUUUAGUGUGUGUUGGAGCUAUAGCCUACUAAUCAAUGUAAGCAUUAAUAGUGUAGCAUCUACGAGAAUGUAAUAAACCAACAAUACAACAACCACACUAGGUCGCUGCGCUUCGCUACGAAACAGCUAAAAAAAAAAAAGAGUUCAAGGUCAACCUCGUGUUAGUGAUAUUCGAGCCCUUAUAACUUUUAACGCAGAUGGUACUCCAACAAGGUUGUGAGGGAGUGAAAGCGUUUAGUUAGACUUGUAAACAAGUAGGUUACAUAUCUAAAGCGGUGAUAGCUACACGGCUAUCUCGUAGCUUUCUCGUGAGACUACUGUAACGACUUGUUUGCAAGUCUAAUGUGUAGUGUGCGUGUGUACAUUGCUUCCUUAAAUUCGUUACCACCUCGCUGCCUUAUAAGUGCAGAGUACCAAUAUCUCUCAUUACUAACCCCUGGAAGGGAAGUAUGUGUACUGCAGGACAACUGCAAAAGACUCCAAUGUGUUCAGCGAGAUCGAUCACCAAACUGAGAGCGAAGUUGGGUUGUAACAGAUGUACACGUACCGUACACAUGCUUGUAUAUGGUCAGAGUUAAAUUUAUUAAAACACAGAUUUGCGCUAGAGAAGCGGCUUACAGUCGACAGAAAUGUCAAAAAUACUCAUUUUUGGGUAAAAUACAGGAGUAGUUUGAUCAAGAGUUCCUAAAUAAGACAAGAAAAAUGAGGCGUUUAAAUCGGAAGCAGACGUUGAAAGUGGUGAAAGAGCUGGAUGCCUUCCCUAAGAUACCAGAGAGCUAUCAAGAAACCAGCAGCACAGGAGGGACAUUGGCUUUACUGACGUUUUCACUGAUAAUCAUCUUGGUCGUAUCAGAGGUCCGUUACUACAUGGAAACACGCAUGAAGUAUGAAUACAAUGUGGAUACCGAUUUGACAAGUAAACUACGCAUCAAUUUGGACAUCACGGUGGCCAUGAAAUGUGGUUGGAUAGGAGCGGACGUCGUUGACGUUUCUGGCAUGACGACUAGUCCAGCUCAAGGAGCAUUAGGUGAAGAGGCUGUCUUCUUUGAAAUGUCGUCGGAGCAACGUGAAAGGCAGAGGCUACUCCAAAUGAUCAAAAGCUCCUUAAAAGAUGAACACGCCAUUCAGGAUCUUUUAUUCCAGACCGGUUUCGACAGUAGUCCAUCCAAGGGGCAUGCUAACAAAGCCGGUAAAGGAGUCCCUGAUGCAUGCAGGAUACAUGGCACUUUGGUUGUUAAUAAGGUUGCGGGUAAUUUCCAUGUGACCGUUGGUAAAAGUAUUCCCCAUCCUAGAGGACACGCACAUCUGGCGAUGAUGGUCGAACCCUCACAGUAUAAUUUCAGUCAUCGUAUCGAUCAUUUAUCCUUCGGUGAACUGGCGCCAGGAAUCAUUAACCCUCUAGACGGGGACGAAAAAGUUACACCAGAUAACAGAAAAAUGUAUCAAUAUUUUCUACAAAUCGUGCCUACAAAACUUAACACCAGAACUGCUCGCAUGAACUCACACCAGUUUGCUGUCACAGAAAAGGAGCGAACGUUAGAUCAUAAUGCGGGAAGUCACGGAGUCGCGGGGGUCUUCUUCAAGUACGAUCUUUCCUCGUUACAAAUUACCGUUAAUGAAGUCCAUGAACCUUACUGGCAAUUCCUUGUCAGGUUAUGUGGCAUUGUUGGGGGGAUCUUUUCAACUUCAGGUAUUCUGCACUCGUUUUUAGAAUUUAUUGUCUCUGUAGUUUGCUGUAGAUACAAACUUGGAUCCAAAAAAACAUCACAGCCAUCAGCCACACCAGCACACCAUCAAUUAGACCACGGAACACCACAACAACAAACUAAUCAACAGAGUCUUAGCCACGGAACACCACAACCAAUUAAUCAACCAGGUCCUAGCCAACCAAACUCGCCUCUACUACUUCAGUAAACUUUAUUAGGGUUUUUUUUCUGGCAAAAAUCCACCGAAAUCAUUUCCACUUCAUUCUGUGCAAUUGAGUGAACGUAGCAGCAACUUUUUACGGUCCGUUUACAAACUUCGUUGACGGGUUCAGACGGAUUUUAUCAGAAAUGGUCUGGUGCUUCAGAACUUUGGGCAAAAUUGUGCAAUUCCUGCAAUUAGAAAGAGUGACAAUGUGCUUAAAAUGAGCACGCACUACAAACGAAUUCAUACUUGGAUCAUACUAGGGACGUGCUAGACCUUGGCCCAAUUUCAUGGCCUUGCUUACCGUAAGCACAGAAUCGGCGCUUACAGAAGCAGGGAAUUCUGUGCUUAUGGCAACGAAUUUCACAGGUUAGCGAGGAUUUUUGGCUUUUGCGCAUGCGAAGUCCACGUGACUAGUCAUUCUACGCUAACAAGGCUAGUGCAGAAAUUCUGUGGUUGCACGUAAGCGGGGAAUCGUGAUCGUAAGCGUAGGAUUGGGCGGUAAGCAGAGCCAUGAAAUUGGGCCCUGGUGCAGCCGGGCGGCAUUUGGAUGUUUGUGUGUACAUGUACAUGUACAUAGACCGGGUCUGUUUGUAGCAUGUUCAUCCCAUUAUAGACAGACCAACUCAUUACCAAAUUUAACAAAUAAGUUAGGGUCACUUUACAGACAUUUUUCAGUCAGAGCUACGUGUUUUAGCCCAUAGAGUUAUAUACAAGAACUAGAGGGCCCACUGUCCUAAAUACGCGACCCGGCAUGCGCGCAGGUGGCCAUCAUUUAAGUUGACAAAACGGGCAUCGCACAGCGUGUGUUUGUGCGGCCAUUUUGUAAGUUGUCAAAACAGCAUCGUGUAGCGUUCAAUAAACACAAACUCCAACAGGUAUUUAAUUUUCAACGUGCGUACAUGCGUACGCGCACGUGUCUCCUUGCGGUCCCGUCGCGUUUGUGCAAGAAGCAUCAAAUCUCUAGUUCUUAUAUAUAACUCUAUGGUUUUAGGAUGGGUUUGGAUGUUUUGAGAACUGGUUUAGUGUCACCCAGCCUUCAUCAUCAUCAUCAUCAUCCUCUUGAUCCAUCAGGGGGGACGUAGAGCCGCCCAACCAAUGCGCUCUGCUGCCAGGUGCCACAGUUGCCCAGCCCUGGACUCGAAGUCCGCUUCCAGUUGGCCCACCCAGGUGCUGCGAGGUCGGCCUCUUGGUCUCUUCCAGGCUGGGCAAGGGCGGGAUCCUCCCCAUGCUUUAAUGCUCAGCCUGAGGGCCACAUGGGCAGGUGUAUCUUCUGGGAGCCGUCUGACAUGGCCAAAGAGGGAAUGACGUCUCCGGGAGAUAGUCACAUCCUCGAUGCCGGUGGUCUCCGAGAUUGUUGCGUUAGUGAUGAAAUCAGACCACCGGACACCGAGAAUGCGACGUUGACAAAGGCGUGGAGCUUUCGUGUGUCAUCAGCUCGGAGUGUCCAUGUUCCUGAGCCGUAGAAUAGGACGGGGAGGACACAGGUCGUAAAUACCCUCAGCUUGGUUGUACGCUUGAGGCGUUUGUUCCUCCAGACACGAUCUAGUUGGCCAAAGGUAGAUGAGGCAAGCCCAAGACGUCGGAGAAUGUCAGGGAGGAGUAGCCUGAGGAAUGGAUGUCACAGCCGAGAUACCUGAACUUCUGUGUGAAUUCGACAGUUACCCUCAACGGUGACUGAGGCGGGAUUUGGGCCGAGGCUGGUACAUGUCCUUCACCAUGCUAACAAUUUAGGUGAUGCGUUGCCAUACUGUGUUGAAAUAAUCCUGGAUUAUUUGACAAUGGAGGAAGGAAGAGAAGGAGCUCGAACGACCCGCUUACCGCAGAGUAACAAAAGAAUACCCUGACAAUGCCCC